AGCACAAGACCCUACUUUACGCACUGACGAAAUAUCAAAUAUGUCCUCACGUUCUUUGUCCAGACGAGCAUCCAGACGAUGGGCUAAGCUGACAGAUAAACAAAAGAAACCCUGGCAUGAUUUGGCUGAACAAGAAAAACAAGCGCAUAAGGAAGCUUUCCCUGAAUACCGAUAUUGUCCAAAACGAAAUGCAAAGAAAGAGCGUCAAAAGUACAAGCGAAAGAAUCAGCUUGGAACUAUCAUGAAACCAUAAUGGCUGGCUUACCAUUCCAUGAACUCUCUCUCUUUUUUUUGCAGGUCUGACUUCUUUUUCAUAAUACCCUUUCGUUUUCUGAUUGAGAAAACGCCUUCAUAUAACACCCCAUGCGAUUCCAGCAUUUUGUAUGAACAAUAACCUCCAAAAAAAAAAAUCUAUUCCUUUCUCUUUACCCCAUCCACCCAAUUUUUUUUUUAUUUUAUAUUUUUGCGUCCCUACCUAGCUCCCCUUGUGUGUUAUUGCCAUAUCCCUCUGCUUCAUUUUUGACAUUAAAAAAAUUU